AUGGGGCGUAAGACCGAUCAACCAACGUCGUCCUGUUCUUGGGGAGUUCGAAACUUUGUUUCAGGAAAUGCAGGACGACGAAGAGAGUCGCAGAAAACCAUUGACACCUGGACAUCGGCUCAGCAUGACGUUAAGCUUAUUAAAUGCGGUUACUGUGGAGAAAUUAUAAAUUUUACACGUGAAACUUUGGAAAAUCUUCCCAAAAAUCACGGUUGUUUUCAACAUUUUGAUCAAGAUGAACACGGAUUUAGUAUAGAUGAAAAAAUGGUUGUAACAUUAGUCAAUUUAAAAACACCUGAGUCUCCUGUACCGAUGUCAGAUAUUGACCUGAGUGAUGCUAUUAUAUAUGAAGUCCAAAAACGACCUGCACUUUAUGAUUUUAAAAACAUCAAUGUCAAAGAAAGGACUAAAUUAAAAAAAAAAGAUCUAUGGCAACAAAUUUCGUGCUGCAUGAAAGGAGUUUUGACGGCUGAACAAAUUGAAACUAAGUGGAAUUCGUUAAAAAAACAGUAUCUGGAAGCAAGGAAGAAUGAGAAACAUCUGCCUAGCGGAUCUGCUGCAAAGCGAAAGCAGAAGAAAGUCUUUCCUUUCAUGAAGCAAAUGGAAUUUCUUAAUGAUAUGCAGAUUUUUGACAGCACGAUAUCUUCUCUCAAGCCAUCGGUCAAUGUAGAAAGUGAAGAGAAAUUGGAUAACACUGCUGAUGAGCCUGAAAAUGAAACCGAUGAUGAUGUGUUCAUGAAAUUCCAAGAAACAGCAAUGGAUGUUAUGACAAAUAUUCAUCAGAAACCCGAUGUUAUAGACGGAUUUGUAAUGAUUGUUAAAAAUCAAUUAAAAAAAUUAACAAGCAACCAGCAAUUAAAUGCAGAAGCAGACUUAUUGAACUAUACUAAUGAUUUAGUUAAUGCUUUUAGUGAUUGA